GGCCGAGCCGGGCCACGCGGGGCGGAGGCUGCGCGGGCAGGUCGGGGCAGGCUGGCCGGGCGGGGUCGGGAGCCGAGUCCGCAGCCUUCGCCGCGCCGGAGCCGAGCGAGAGGACACCGAGGCCCCGCCCCGGCCGCCGGUGGCGCCCCGACCUCCGAGCCGCGCCGCAGACUCAGCCGGAAACCGGCCCCGGCCGGAGCCCGAGCGCCAGCCUUGGUGCCACCUGACCCCGGGGUCGGAGCCGCACGCGCCGCAGCCCGAGUCCCCUGGCCCAGUCGGGGCUGUCCCGAGCCCGGCCCCAGCAUGGCGGGGCCGCGGGGCGCUCUCCUGGCCUGGUGCCGCCGCCAGUGCGAGGGUUACCGCGGCGUGGACAUCCGCGACCUGAGCAGCUCCUUCCGGGACGGCCUGGCUUUCUGCGCCAUCCUGCACCGGCACCGGCCCGACCUGAUCGACUUCCAGUCUCUCUCCAAGGAAAAUGUCUUCGAGAAUAACCGUUUGGCCUUUGAAGUGGCUGAAAAAGAGCUGGGGAUCCCUGCUCUCCUGGACCCCAGUGACAUGGUCUCCAUGAGUGUCCCCGACUGUCUCAGCAUCAUGACCUAUGUGUCCCAGUACUACAACCACUUCACCAGUUCUGGCCAAGCCGCUGUCUCACCACACCCCACACCAGGAAAGGACCCUGCAUCCCCCUCCCCCACAUCUGCAUCACCUGCUGUGCAACCAGGAGAGGAGGCUCAGGGUGACGACCUCUCCUCAGACAGCCUGUCCGAGCAGGGCAAACAGCAGCCCCCCAGCAGCACAUGCGCAGCCUGUGGCCAGCGGGUGCACCUGGUGCAGCGGUACUUGGCCGAGGGCAGGCUCUACCACAGGCACUGCUUCCGAUGCCAGCAGUGUUCCAGCACGCUGCUCCCAGGCUCUUAUAGCAGCGGGCCCAAGGAAGGCACCUUUGUGUGUGUGGAACGCUGCUCCAGGCUGGGUCCGGGAGGCCGGUCCGGAGCUAGGCCCUUCUCACAGCGAAAGCAGCAGCAGGUAGCAGAAGAAGCCAAGGAUGAGGAGAGUGACCUUAGCCCAAGUGUGGCUGCGGUCGCCGCCGCUGAGGCAGAUGGGCUCCAGGCCAGCUCCGAGGUACCGCCCCAGACCCUGAACAAGCCACCUCUUCCCAGCAAGCCCCAGGAGUUGGCCAGUCCCCCUGUUGGCCGGCCCACACCUGCCCCCAGGAAGGCUUCUGAGAGCUCAGCCUUGACGCCCCCAACACCACGGCCGCGGUCUAGCCUGCAGCAGGAUGGCUUGGCGGAGCAGGGUGUCAGCACCGGCCUUUCGAAUGGAAGACUGCAGGAACCCCCUGUUCCCAGGCCAAGAGGGACGCCCAAGCUGGCAGAGAGGACGCCAGCACCAAGGAAGGACCCCCCAUGGAUCACACUGGUGCAGACAGAGCCCAAGAAGAAGCCAGCCCCGCUGCCCCCCAGCAGCAGCAGCAGUCCUGGGCCGCCGGGCAGACAGGUGGAGAAUGGAGGCCUGGAGCAAAGGACCCAGAAGAGCCCAGUAGCUGGGCCAGAGCCCAAGCCCUACAACCCCUUUGAGGAGGACGAGGAGGAAGAAGAGCCAGCCCCUGCAGUGCCAAGCCCUGCCCCAGCCCCGCCAGAGUCCACACCCAAGUCCCUGCACCCCUGGUACGGCAUCACCCCCACCAGCAGCCCCAAGACAAAGAAGCGCCCCGCCCCAAGAGCCCCCAGUGCUUCCCCACUUGUUCUCCACGCCUCCCGCCUGUCCCACUCGGAACCUCCUUCAGCCACCCCGUCACCAGCCCUUAGCGUGGAGAGCCUGUCAUCCGAGAGCUCCAGUCCGGCUGCCAGAGCAGAGCCCUCGGAGCCGCCUGCCGUACCCAAGAGCUCCUCAGAUCCUGCGGUGCACGUGCCUGGUGUCCCUGGCACAUCCGGGAACUCCGUCGCCCCCUCAGCCAACUCUUCCCUAUCGUCCUCUGGGGAGCUGGGACAGCCUGGUGGUGAACAAGUGCCACAGGCCAGGACCAGGGGCAGCCCAGGUACCCAGGCCACCAAGCCCUGCAGUGGUGCUACCCCCACUCCCUUCCUGUUGGCUGGAAACCGAAGCCCUGCCCCUUCCCUGGGGAGCUCAUCCCCACAGCUGCAGAUCAAGUCUUCCUGCAAGGAGAAUCCUUUCAACCGGAAGCCAUCUCCCUCUGCAUCUCCAACCGUAAGGAAGGCCACCAAAGGAGCCAAGCCCAUGAGACCACCUGCCCCCGGACAUGGCUUUCCACUCAUCAAACGCAAGGUCCAGGCUGACCAGUAUAUCCCUUUGGAGGACAUCAACACCAUGAUGGACAAUAUUGAGCGCCAGCUGGAUGCCCUGGAAUACCGUGGCAUUCUGCUGGAGGAAAAGCUGCGUGGAGAAGCAAAUGAGGGCAGCGAGGACGACAUACUGGUGGACUGGUUCAAGCUCAUCCAUGAGAAGCACCUACUGUUGCGGCGAGAGUCAGAACUCAACUACGUGGUCAGGCAGCAGGACCUGGAGCAGCGCCAGGCCGAUGUGGAGUAUGAACUACGGUGCCUUCUCAACAAGCCAGAAAAGGACUGGACUGAGGAGGAUCGGGACAGAGAGGAGGCGCUGAUGAAGGAGCUCAUGACCCUCAUCGAGCAGCGCAAUGCCAUUGUCACCUGCCUGGAUGAGGACCGCCAGAGGGAUGAGGAGGAAGACAAGAUGGUGGAAGCUAUGAUCAGGAACAAAGAGUUCCAGAAAGAGGCUGAGUCUGAGGGUAAGAAGAAAGGCAAAUUCAAGACCAUGAAGGUGCUGAAACUUCUGGGAAACAAGCGGGCCACCAAAAGCAAGGCCCCUGGGGACAAGAGCUGACGGCAGGGGAAGCCGACCUCCUCUUCUCUCCGGGAGCCUCGAGGCCAGAGCAGCGCUCUGCUGCCCUAAGACUUGCCAAGGGGGACGAUGACCUCGGGAGGGAGUCCCUGGGUGAGCUUUGCCCUCCUUGGGGUCGCCAGCUGGUCUGGGCUAAAGUUCUCUUCCCUCUUCCCUGUGUCCCAGACAGCUGUGACUCAGUCCUGCCCACUUGGAUUUUGACUCCAGCUGCUGUGACAGACCCAGGGGCAAGUAGGGACACAGGUCUAGGCAGAGGCAGCAGCUCUCUCUCCUUGUUCCUCUGAACCAGGCCAGAUGGAGUCUUUGCUGUUCCUCCUGCCCAAGGCAGGCCCUGGCCUGGGACGUGUGCACCUUGCAGAAGCCAGCAACAAGGCUGGCUGUCCAGCUUCUUCCUUCUCACCCUGACCCUUAGUCCCUGCCUCCCCAUCUAACACAGAUGCCCUUGAAAGUCAUGUCCCCUCCCUCGGGAGCUCUGUGAAGUCUCAAAUCCCAGCCCCUCGGUGAGGGCUGUGUUGCGUCAGUUGGGAAUGAACUGCUUCCUCUGCCUUCCAAGUUGUAGGGAGCUCUUUCCCUGUCUGCCUUGCUCCCUGGGAAGUCUCGCCCACCACACAGGGCCCUGGUGUCUGCUGAGGCGGUGACUCAGGCUAGCCUAGGAAGGCGUGCUUUGGGCAGGUGCUAACCCUUGUCCUCUAAGGUGUUGUCGUCUGACCUGUGAUGUAGGCUUUCUGCCCGCCCCGUGCCCAGGGGACGGACACUCCUUCCCGUGUCCGGUGAGGCCUGUCUCUCUGUUGUUGGUUCCCUCCGAGGACUGAUGGCCACUGGCCAUGGAGUUGGCUCUGGGAGAAGAGUGAUGCGGUACCUCUUUUCCCUGGGGAAUAUGCCAGGCAGCUUAUGGUCCAAGCACUGUUCUUGCUCUUGGGGUCCUUGGUGACCCCAACUCUGUGCAUCCUGGGAAGGAACGCACUGUACCUCAGUUGCCAGUGCCCAGUUGUCUAGGGCACAUCCACAUCUGUUCCCCCUCUGCCUGUCUGUGCUCCACCUCAUGGCUAGGUAUCUGGUCCCCCGGGAGGGUCUGGGCUGUCCACUCAGUUGGGAACUUGACCACCACUGCCUACCAUUGAGCAGGAUUCCCUUCCUGUCUGGGGAGAGAUGCUUGCUCACUCCCAUGUAACCCCUGGCAGUCUUCCCAAACGCACUUGUUGACCUGGCAGGGCCACCACCUCAGAGGUCUUUCAGAGGAGCCCUGUGACCCAGCUGCUGUAACCCAAGAGAGGACUCCCCUAGGCUGUCUCAGUGUCAAGGACAGUUCCCAUGUCUCAAGAGAACAGCCUUUCUCAUAGAAGUCACCUGUAUCCUGUGAACGUGGGCACAGGCUUGCCAAAUCUUGCCCACUUUUUUCAAAAGAAACCCAGAAUCCAGUUUUUGUACAGGCCUAAUUUGUAACUGCUGACUUCAAAUUUAAGUUGGCCUCCGUGGGCUGCACUGGCCCUACGUUUGCCAGUGUGCUAGGCCUGGGAGCUGGAGGGUGUGUCCCUGCUGAUCUGACCCUUAUCUGCUGGUUGCUGCAUAGUAGGCAUGUUUAUUCUUGACAAGAAGACAGAUUGUAUGUUCUAUUGGAAUUAUGGGACUUCUGGCAGGUGCGGGAAAUGUUUCCAUUUAUGGAGACAGGGAAAUGAUAGAAUACUAAUGAAGGUCAGGCUGGUCAGUGUCAGCAGCCUGAAGGAAGGACA